AUGUCGGACUUCCAGGGCCUUCCGGCUCGGGUAGAGCCCGAGCCUACUGACGUGGAAGGCAUGAAUGUGCCAAUGCCGGAUGUGACUCUACGAGACGAGCUCUCCGAGUCGCUGAUGCCGCUCAAAUGGGUGCUGUUCCCGGAAGCCGACCCGGUACAGCAGUUUCGCGAUAAGACGUGGAAGGAGAAGAUUUGGAUAUUCCUAGUGGGAGUGUUUCCGAUUCUGUCAUGGCUGCCGAAAUACGAUCUACGGUUCUAUCUGCUCGGCGACAUCAUCGGAGGGCUCUCCAUCGCCAUCAUGUCCGUGCCGCAGGAUGUAUCGUACGCUAGGUACGCCAACGCGCCCAAGGAGUUUGCUCUCUACACGAGUUUCCUGCCACCGUUGAUGUACGCGAGCCUGGGGUCGUCGAAGCACAUGGUGAUCGGGCCGGUGUCGGUGGUGUCGCAGCUGCUGGGCGAGCAGCUGAGCGCGCAGGUGGACCCCAACACGGACCCCGCCCUCUACAACUCCAUGCUCACCACCACCACCUUCCUCUGCGGCCUCUUCCAACUCGCCAUGGGACUGCUCAGAAUGGGGUUCCUGGUCGACCUACUGAGCCAGCCCACCAUCGCGGGGUUCCUAGCGGGUUGCUCCCUCACCAUCGCGCUGCAGCAGCUGAAGCCCAUUCUGGGGUACAAGGACUUCACGCUCAGCACCAGCAUUGUCAACAUCUUCAAGGCUGUUGUUGAAUACUCUUAUGAGUUCCAAUGGCGUGCCUUCGUCCUCGGCUCUUCCUUCUUCAUCGCACUCACCAUCCUCCGCAUUCUCACGAAGAUGUACCCAAAGAGCAAGACCCUCUUCUACGCCAACGCGCUGGGCCCCAUCUCCUCUAUAAUCCUCUCCACUAUUAUCGUGGGCGCCUCCGGCGUGUACAACAAGGGUGUAGCCACGGUGGGCAGCAUACAGACGGGCCUGGGGGGCAUGUCAUCGGUGUGGGACAUUGAUCUGCACAACGAGUACACUGACGAGGUCGCCCUCAUUGCACUCUACGCCGCCCUCGUCUCCCUCGCUGAAUCGAUUGGCAUAGGGCGCACAUUUGCGGGCAUGUAUGGUUACCACAUCGAUGGUAACAAAGAGCUCAUAGCCUACGGAGCCAUGAACCUCUCAGGCUCCUUCACCUCUUGCUAUGUCGCCACAGGCUCCUUCUCCCGCACGGCGGUGAACAUCCUGGCGGGGGCGCACACGGCGCUGACACAGAUCAUCCUCUCCUUCACCAUGCUUAUCGUGCUGCUUGUUGCUGCUCCCGCCUUCAAAUACGUGCCCGCUUGUGUGGUGGGAGCAGUCAUCGCCAACUCGGUGCUUAACCUGCUCGACUUCAAGGCAGCAUUUACGAUCUGGCGGGUGGACAAGCUGGACUUCAUGGUCAUGCUCGGCUGCUUCCUCGGGAUCAUCUUCGGCUCGCCCGAGAUCGGCCUGCUAGUCGCCUGCGUGCUCUCCCUCCUCAAGCUCCUCCUGCGCAUCGUCCGCCCGCACAUCCGCCUGCUGGGCCUGCUCCCGGGCGGCGCCGCUACAGCCGUGAGCGUGCUACAGUUCCCCAACAGCACGCUGUGCGAGGGGAUCGUGAUGCUCAGGAUCGAGAGCCCGCUCUACUUCCCGGCCGCGAAUUUCUGCCGGCAGCGCAUCAAGAAGCUGUGUGACGCGUAUGCGAGGGGCUACCAGCAACCCGUGCGGCACUGCAUCCUGGAUCUGAGUGUCAUGCACGACAUUGAUGUAUCAGGGAUUGAUGGGCUGAAGGAGCUGCACCGAGACCUGUCUGAGAAGAGCAUUCAGCUGUGCCUAUCCAGUGCAUCAAGGGACGUCCUCCGCAAGCUGUGGGACGCCAACUUUCUAGCCGAGAUGGGAGAGCAGUGGCUCUUCGUCACUCCCGCCGACGCCGUCAAGCUCUGUCGCUCCGUGGCCGUGGCAGCGCCUGCUGUGAAAGAGCAGGACGAGCUGCUGGCAUCCGUGCAGGUGUAUGACAUCUAG